ACAGGAAUGUUGUAGGUUUUAAGCGCUUCUUUGCAUCAGAGAACAGAAAAGGAUGCAAGGAAGUAAAGAAAAAAAGUUUAAUGACAGUGGAAGACAAAGUAGUGAUGAUCACUGGUGGCAGUUCAGGAAUAGGGCUAGCCAUUGCAAGAGAAAUGAUGGCUCAAAAAGCAAAAGGCGUUGUCAUCUGUGGAGUGAAUAAACAACAGGGGGAAGAAGCGGCCAGCUGUUUAAACGUGUGCGAAGAAGAAACGAAAGCCAAGUUUUUGGAAAUGGAUGUCAGGAUAUUGAAAACGUUUGAAAGUGUGAUGAAAAAAAUCAUCGACUGUUUUGGCUCCCUUGACAUAUUGGUGAACAAUGCGGGUAUAUUUGAAGAGGCAAAAUGGGAACAAACUGUCUCUGUAAAUAUUAACGGUACCGUUAACGGUGUGCUUCUUGCACACAGAUUUAUGGGGCAGAAUUCUGAUGGAGGUCUAGUGAUAAAUGUGGCCGACACUUAUGGUCUUGAACCGUUCCCUUACGCUCCGAUCUACUCUGCGACUAAAUAUGCCGUAAUCGGAUUGACAAAGGCAUUCGGUCACCCUGAUAUCUACGAAAAGACAAAAAUCCGUGUCGUGGCUCUUUGCCCUGCAGUCACACAGACCGACAUGUUAGAAAACAAACAACCGAUGCUGAAUAAAAAAUGGGAAGAUAAGGCGUACGAAACGCUGAAGAUGUCACCUCAGCAGCAUGCAAAAGCCGUAGGCAAGGCUGCAAAUCAUCUUAUCCAGUACGCUCAGACAGGGACGAUUUGGCCGGUCGAAUGUACUGUCCUACACAAAGUAACUUUUCCUAAUCGGAUAAGCUACUGCAACAAAGUUAUUGAACUUGGAUUUCCCGGCACUGAUUCUAGUACUGAUUGCCAAUAAAGUUCUUGUGUGUUCUAACGACGAUUUGAUAUAAAA